GUGACACUAGUUACUUUCAUUGCUUAUGUACUGAUAACUCAGGAAUCUCUGACACCCAAUAAGGCUUUUGUGGCUAUGAAUUUGUUUAACACCAUCAGGCAGCCAAUGCAUAUGCUACCAAUGUUUAUCUCACAGGUGAUUCAGUGCCAUGUGUCCAUGGUGAGGCUGAGAAAGUAUUUGUCUGGAGAGGAUCUUGAGGAAACUGACUCUGAAGUAAGCUCAGAAGAAUAUCCAUUGAUUAUGAGAGAUGCAACUUACACAUGGGAUAGAACAAUGGAACCAGUCUUGAAAAACAUAACUGUCAGCUUCCCCAAAGGAAAACUAGUUGCUAUAGUUGGUCCAGUUGGAGCUGGCAAGUCAUCCUUGUUGUCUGCACUUCUUGGAGAGAUGGAGAAGCUGCAGGGUCAGGGAAGUAUUCAAGGUUCACUAGGAUAUGUGCCUCAGCAAGCCUGGAUUCAGAACAUGACCUUGAGAUCCAACAUCCUGUUUCAUCAGCCAAUGCAAGAGUCACGAUACAGAAAAAUCAUCAAAGCUUGUGCCUUGGAAUCUGAUAUAGAGCUUCUGCCAGGUGGUGAAAUGACAGAAAUUGGAGAAAAGGGUAUCAACCUGUCAGGAGGUCAGAAACAGCGCAUUAGCCUGGCUCGGGCUGUUUACCAGGAUGCUGAUGUCUACCUGCUUGAUGAUCCUCUCAGUGCUGUUGAUGCUCAUGUUGGCAAACACAUCUUUGAGAAGGUCAUUGGUCCAAAGGGAAUGAUUAGAAAAAAGACAAGAAUUCUGGUUACCCAUGGCAUUCACUGGCUCCCUCUGGUGGACCAGAUCGUAGUCAUGGACCAAGGUCAGAUAACUGAGCUAGGAACUUAUGAACAGCUGAUGAAUCACAAUGGACCCUUUGCCCAGUUUGUGAAAACAUAUCUUCUGGAGCAUGAGGAUGAGGAGAUAGAUGAUCCUGAUGUGCAAAUGUUGAAAGAGCAAGUUUUGGAGCGUGUGACUUCUGUGGUGUCAGAUGAUGAAAGUCAGCAGCUUAGACGACGCAGAUCCUUGUCUGACCAUCACGAAGGACAUCACAAGUCAGCGGAAGCUAUGCAGAUAAGUCAGAACUCAGUAGUAUCCUCAGUGUCUGUACAGGAUUUGGCUGUGAUAAAACCAGAUAAUGUUGGCGGCAAAAAUCACAGGUUGAUUGAAGAAGAGACAUCAGAGGAAGGAAAGGUGAAGACUGCAGUUUUAUUGGCAUUUUUUCGAGCUUUUGGAUAUGUUUCCACAACUGUAGUUCUGAUGUCCGUGUUAUUGUUCAAUGGUUUCAAUGUGGGAUCAGGAGUCUGGCUUUCUGAAUGGACCGACGACCCAUUCCUGAAAAAUGAGAACAAUUCAGGAACGGACUCAUAUACUUCCAAAACAUAUAUGUACCUUGGAGUCUAUACAGCUCUGUCCCUGUUGCAAGUGGCUGCCAAUUGUGUGUUUGUUUUGCUGGUGUAUGUGCAGUUUGUUGUUGCUUCCCAGCGCCUGCAUAACAGCAUGUUGAAUACUAUAUUGCAUCAGCCAAUGACCUUCUUUGAUACAACACCACUAGGCAGAAUUCUGAACAGAUUUUCUCGGGAUGUCGAUGUCUUAGAUGUGGGUAUGUCCCGGCAGGUGCGAAUGUGUUUACAAACUCUCUCUACCAUCAUCUCGGUUGUUGUGGUGAUUUCAUACACCACUCCCAUCUUCCUUGCAGUUGUGAUUCCAAUUCUGAUUCUCUACGUUUUCUUCCAGAAAUUCUACAUCUCAUCGUCACGUCAGAUUCGUCGUCUUGAGUCUACAACCAGAUCCCCAAUUUUCUCUCACUUUGGAGAGACCAUCAAUGGAGCCAGUAGUAUCAGAGCCUAUCGUCUGGAAGAGGAAUUCUUUAAAGAGUCCCUGGUUCUCGUUGACCACAACAACCAAUGUGCCUUCGCAUCAUUGUCAACAGCACGGUGGCUGCGGGUGAGGCUUGAGGCUCUGGGCAACUUGAUCGUUUUGUUUGCUGGCCUGUUUGCUGUAAUCAGCGAUAACAUCUCUGGAAGUUUAGUUGGUCUUUCUGUGUCAUAUGCAUUACAAGUAACAAAGGGCCUCACAUUAUUGGUCCAGAACAUAACACAACUGGAGACCAACUGUGUGUCUAUUGAGAGGAUUGUGGAGUACACUGUUUUACCACAUGAGCCUGCAUGGACAGACAUCAACAAACAGCCACCGCUGGAAUGGCCUUACUCUGGAAAUGUUGUUUUUGAAAACUACAGCACACGAUAUCGACCUCAGCUUGACCUGGUUCUCAAGUCUCUCUCAUUUCAAGUCCAUGCCAGGGAGAAGGUGAAUGGUCCACAAAUAUUGGAAUUGUUGGUCGGACAUGGGGCAGGAAAAUCUUCACUAUCGCUGGCCUUGUUUAGGAUGAUUGAAGCAGCUGAAGGUCAUAUUUUUAUAGACGACCUUGACAUCAGUAGCAUGGGUCUUCAUGACCUUCGAAACAGACUGACUAUUCUACCACAGGACCCUGUCUUAUUUUCUGGCUCAGUGAGAUUCAACCUGGAUCCUUUUGAAAUCCACUCAGACGAGGCUUUAUGGAUGGCAUUAAAAAAUGCACAUCUCAGUGAUUUUGUGAGAGAGAUGUCUGGACAACUGGACUAUUUGUGUGAGGAGGGAGGCCAGAAUCUCAGUGUUGGCCAAAGACAGUUGAUGUGUUUAGCCCGCAGCCUGCUCAGAAAGACAAAGAUCCUCAUACUAGAUGAAGCAACAGCAGCUGUAGACCUGGAGACAGACUUCCUGCUUCAGAAUACAAUCAGGGAGGCUUUCAAAGAUUGCACUGUUCUCACAGUGGCUCACCGACUAAAAACUGUCAUUGAUUACGACAGAAUUCUAGUUCUAUCUAAUGGAGAAAUUAUAGAAUUUGACACACCUGAAAAGUUGCUAGCAGACAAGACUGGGGUUUUCUACAGCAUGGCCAAAGAGUCCAGCCUUGUAAAAGGAGAAUUGGAUUAG